UACGUAAACGGUCAUACUUAGUGAUGUCACGAUUGUAGUCAUCUUCUUCCAACUGCAUAAGGGAAGAAGAAGAUGUCCCCUAAAUAACAAACAAAACGUAACUCCCGAACAAAAUAACUUUAAAUUGCAUUGAAACAACAUUUUUACGAGGAUGGCAGAUGCCAAUAUCCAAGGAGCAGGUAAACUGCCGGUAAUAACGAAGAGGGUGCAAAACUUAGGGGACAUGGGAAUUUGGCAAAGAUCUCGCGCCUACCACGAUUUGAUAGGCUAUAUAAACGGCACCAGUUCGGCGAUUCAGGGGAUUAAAACCACUGACGAGAUGUUCGAGUCGGAAAUGAUAAAAAAUCUAUUGCGUCUAUUCGAUUUCCUCGAGAAGUUGGUAGAGCAACAUCCACCGUUGGAGCAACCUCAGCGGUUUGGGAACAAAGCUUACAGAGACUGGGCUCAGGAAAUGCGGGAACAGUUGCCGGAACUCUUAGAGCAGCUGUUGCCCGCAGCCAAAAAAAGGUACCAGAGCGAACUGGAACAGUACCUAAUGGAGGCCUUCGGCAAUGCCACUAGGAUCGACUACGGAACCGGACACGAACUGUCCUUCCUGUUCUUCCUAUGCUCCCUCUUCAAGGCGGAGAUCCUGCAGGAACAGGACAUCGUCAGUGCCGCCCUGAGGCUCUUUAAUCGUUACUUGGAGUUCGUUAGGCAGCUCCAGCGCACGUACAAUAUGGAACCGGCUGGGAGUCAAGGAGUCUGGUCCCUAGACGACUUUCAAUUCGUGCCCUUCAUUUGGGGCAGCGCACAGCUAGCAGUCAAAAGUCCCUUUGAUCCUUCAAAAUUCGUGGACGAGCAGAUUAUCAACGACUUCAAGGAUCAGUUUAUGUUCAUCAGCUGCAUCGACUACAUCUGCAAAGUCAAAACUGGACACUUUGGCGAGCACUCCAAUCAGCUGUGGAGCAUCACGGAUGUACCCUCAUGGGUUAAGAUCAACGCCGGUCUAGUUAAAAUGUACCAGAAGGAGAUACUUUCCAAGUUUCCGGUGAUUCAGCACGUCUACUUCGGGGAACUGAUGGCUUUCGAGGCGGUGUCCCCCGGCACAACGCUCUCCAACGCCCGCCUUGGUCAUGUGGCCCCGCCGCCCUCCAAACGCAUCUGCAUUGGAACUUCGAAUUUGGUGCCCCCGGUUCCAGUAUCCGUGGCUCAACCCCCGCCCGUCGAAUCUCUGAGCAGCGAUCUUAAUGUUGGCGAUUCAAGUAGUGAGAGCAGCGACAGCAGUGUUGUACUACGUCCAUCGACAUCGUCGGUCUCUCUAGUGGCGGCUGCUGAAGGUUCAGGGGAUAAGCCCAGCAUUCCGGCCGAGGGCGAAGCCACCAAGAAAGAAGCUGCAGAGUAGUGGAGAAGGGCAUUGAUCUAACCUGCGUUACAAAUUUCUUAUUAAUAGUGUUGACCCUUGGUCCAGUAAAAAUUGUUUACACGAGUAAAAA